AUGGCAUCCCAUGACUGCGUGGAGCGGACCAGCAGGAGGCUGACGGUGGAAGACUUCUCGGCGUCGGCGGUGGAGCGAGUCCUGGAGUUCAUGUACACAGGCGAGUGCGACGCGGAGGACGAGCUACUGGUCGAGGUCGCAGCCUUUGCCGACAAGUACGGCAUCGCCCCGCUCCUCAAGGAGUGCAUCCAGCGCUGCGAGGCGUCGCUGACGGAGGAGAGCGUCUUCGGCAUCCUGGCGACAGCAGACCGGUUGAAGCUGUCGGCUGUGAAGGAUUCGUGCGUGCGAUUCAUCACCAGCCAUGCGGAGCAGAUGCUGCCCAUCCUGUACAUGCUGGACCGGAAGCUCCUCACUGAGGUCCUCUCCCUCCCGGAGCUUCCCAUCACGGACUACGAGCUGGCGCUGCUCUUCCUCCGCUGGGCCGAGUUGAAGGACUGCCGCCACGAUGUGGCGGAGCUGUUCAAGGAGCACGUCUACGUCGACGUGCUCACCCACAAGGAGCUGUACAGCCUUAACGAGCUCAUUGCGAAAGGCGGGGAGCAGGUCCAGAGCAUCCAGCCCCAGUUCUCGACGCACCGCCGAGAGAACGGGCGGGAAACGGCGGACGCGCUGUUGGAGUUGAAGAACCUCUUUGGGGAGAAAACCUUUGGGUUCUUCAUCAACGUCAUCGUCCCACCUCACUUCCAUGAGCACUACGCGUGA